UCAUUCCAAUCCAUUGCAGUAUUCUGAGCGACAUCGUUCAGUUCAGUUCAAUCCAUAGCGAAGCAGCAACUGAGGUUCACAGAGAUUUAUACUGUGGCGACGUAGUUAUCGGUCUACUUGGACCAAUCGGAAAUGUUGGAAGUGAAUUUGUUUGCGGCAAUCGCCGUCGGAGCACUCAUCCUAGCGGUUUACCAUCACAUAUCGAAGCGCUAUCAGUACUUCCUGUCGAAACCGGUACCAUGCAUGAAGCCGACAUUCCUGGUGGGCAACAGUGGUCCAAUGUUGACCCGAAAAAAGGACAUAGCCAGUCAUAUUCGGACGAUGUACGACACCUAUCCGGACGCCAAGAUGAUAGGUUUCUACGACUUGACGAAGCCAGUCUACCUGGUCCGUGAUCCGGAGGUCGUCAAAACGAUGACGGUGAAGGAUUUUGAACAUUUCACCGAUCAUACACCGACGAUGACGGGGACUGGUGAAGAGGUCAGCGAAAAGUCCCUGUUCGGCAACUCGCUCUUCGCGCUACGGGGACAGAAGUGGAGGGAUAUGCGCUCGACGUUGAGUCCGGCGUUUACCGGCAGCAAGAUGCGGCACAUGUUCGAGCUGGUGGUGGAGUGCGGUCAAUCUAUGGCGGAAUUUUUGAUUUCGGAAGCGAAGGCCGGGAAAAGGUUGGAGUUUGAGAUGAAGGACACCUUUACGCGGUUCGGAAACGAUGUGAUCGCGACGGUAGCGUUCGGGAUCAAGGUGGACUCGAUGCGCGAUCGCGAAAAUGAGUUCUACAUGAAGGGGAAGCAGUUGCUGAACUUCCAGAGGUUCACGCUGAUGAUCAAGUUUUUGCUGAUGCGAGCAAUGCCUGCUUUGGCGGAGAAAUUGGGGGCCGAUUUUGUGGAUGCGGAAGCAGGGAAGUACUUCACGGGAGUGAUCAUGGAAAAUAUGAAGCAGCGGAAGGCACAUGGAAUUGUGAGGAACGAUAUGAUCCACAUGCUGAUGGAGGUUCGUAAGGGAGCAUUGAAGCAUGAGAAGGGUGAACAAGAAACGAAGGACGCGGGAUUUGCAACGGUGGAAGAAUCGCAAGUCGGAAAAACGACGCAUUCGAGAAUUUGGAAGGACAAUGAACUGGUGGCGCAGUGUUUCAUCUUCUUUUUGGCGGGAUUCGAUACCUUGUCAACGGGGUUGACCUUCUUGACAUACGAGUUGGCCCUGAAUCCGGAGAUUCAGCAGCGUCUAUACGAAGAAGUUAUGGAGACAGAAUCGAACCUUGAUGGAAAGCCUCUGACGUACGAAGUGUUGCAGCAGAUGAAAUACAUGGACAUGGUCAUAUCUGAGAGUUUGCGCAAAUGGCCACCGGGCAUUGUAGCGGACCGUUACUGUACCAAGGACUAUCAGUUCAAAGACGGUCCAGGAUCAUUCCUGAUCGAAAAGGGAACCUCGCUCUGGAUCCCCACGAUUGCCAUACACAACGAUCCCCGAUACUAUCCCAAUCCGGACAAAUUCGAUCCGGAGCGGUUCAGCGACGAGAACAAAUCGAAGAUCAACCCGGCCGCUUAUAUUCCGUUCGGAGUUGGACCGAGAAAUUGCAUUGGAUCGCGGCUGGCGCUGAUGGAAAUGAAAUCCGUUGUGUAUUAUUUGCUGCGUGAGUUUAGCUUCGAACCUACGGAGAAGACGCAGAUUCCUCUGAAGUUGACCAUGAGUGGGUUCACCCUGCAGGGUGAAAAGGGUGUUUGGCUGGAGUUUAAACCGAGGUCGAUUUAAGAAAAAUGAAUAUGGUAUUUUUUUUAACUUACAUGUCUUAUUUUAAUAUGAUAAAAAUAAAACUUCAAUAAAAAAAUUACAUUAAGAGUUGUUUAAGCAUUCCAGAUACUCAGAAAGAUUGACAUAUGUCAUAUUUGA